UUAUAAGUCUUUGUUUAAUGUUUAAGCAUGACCCUAUCGGUUUUCCUGCUUUUGGUUUCUGGCUUUCAGCGGAAGCGCGGACGACAGAGUGGGAAUUUGGUAUCCCUACAUUUCGCAGUAUGUAGCUGAAGAUCAACCGGCUGGAGAUUUAUCGAUCGCUUCGACCGACGCCAGCUCUCUGUGGAGAUGCUGUUUCGCCCAAAUGCGUGGUCGUUUGCAUUUCCGGGCCUCUCUUUUUCAUGCCCGUAUGUCGGCACUCGUACAUGUAAGCAAAUGCACAUUGCCGUGUUCCGCAACGCGGACCGACAAGGCAAGCCCGUCACAACCAGCAUCCACGAGACUUAGGAUUAUUCUUGAAACACUUGGAAAAAAAUGCGAGCUUUUUUAUGCGACAUCUGACUUUACAUAACCCAGAGAGUGUCAAAUAUUGCCUUUAUUGCACACUCUAAUUUGCAUAACAGCCGACCGGUUUGGCAUUGCUAGCCAUGGGAAACAUGCUGGGAUUCAACGAUCCCAUAACUCGCACGCAGAACGGUAAAGAUGAGACUGGACGCCUGAAAUUUGGAUCAUCUUCAGUGCAGGGAUGGCGGAUAGAUAUGGAGGAUGCCCAUGUGCAAAUUCUUGCAGUAAACGGAAACGAAGAGAUUUCGUUCUUUGCCGUUUUCGACGGACAUGGUGGUUCCGAUGUUGCCUAUUACGCUAAGGAAAAUCUGAGCAAACGGAUUUUGCUUCACCCAAGAUUUAGGGAAGGAAGAUUUGCCGAUGCCAUCCAGCAAGCCGUAAUGCAGUUGGACCAAGAAAUGUUCAAUUUGGAAAACGGGCCCGACGUCGAUAAAUACGAUUUAGCCGGAUCAACUGCGGUCUUGUUGCUCAUACACCGGAAUAGAAUAUUUUGUGGCAACGUUGGUGACUCGCGCGCCGUCGCCAGUGUUGCUGGACAUGCACUUGACCUUUCCACCGACCACAAGCCAAGCUCACCCGAUGAGGCAUUCCGAAUAACCAGCGCCGGUGGCUUUGUUGAAGGGAAUCGGGUGAAUGGCAAUCUUGCCCUUUCACGAGCCUUAGGGGAUUUCUUUUUCAAAAGAAAUGAGCACAAGAGUCUGGAGGAUCAAGUGAUUACGGCGUUUCCCGAUGUUGUGGCGCAGGAUAUGACUGAUUCGUGGGAAUUUGUUGUGAUGGCGUGCGACGGAAUUUGGGAUGUCAUGACCAGUGCCGAAGUGAUUGAAUUCGUAAGGGAACGAAUAGCUGAAUCUUUACCACCGGAUCAGAUUUGUGAAGAUCUUGUUUUGCACUGUCUGGCUCCAGACUGCAGCAUGGGAGGCCUCGGGUGCGAUAACAUGACGGUGCAGCUGAUCUGUUUUCUGAAUCGAGGAGGAUAUGGCGAGCUGGCUGUUACCUGCAGUAAAGCGCCGCCGGCUGAGCGACCACUACCAAAAAAUGCAGAGUAUCAUUAUCUCAAAGAACGCAAGGGCAAGCGUCUACAAAUUCCACUGAUCCCUGAAAUUUAGCGGUUUCGUCCUUAUAAUCGAUUCAUUUUUUUACAUUUCUGAAUUUCUGUUUUUAUGUGUGUUGCUUGUGUGGUUGGUGGCAGCCUCGAGGACUGAAUGCAAAAUCAGUAACAAACGGCGGGAUGCCUAUUCUUUUCGCUUGACCGGCACUCGACCUUGGCACGUGAUUAUUAAUUUAUUAUUGUGUCACGCAUUUCACACUGUUUCUUAAAAUAAUUUUUAAGCGAGUACUUCAUCUGCAUGGUUUCGUUACUGGUUCUGUUGACCACAUUAAUAGGGUCUAGUAAACAAUCAGAUCUCGUCCCUGUUUCUUAUUUGCAUCCGUUUUAGCUAGAUUUUAAAGGGUUUUUUAAUCGGUUCCACAAAUUCGAGAUGCCAGUUCGCUUUCAAUCUACGGCCAAGGUCAGAAAUUUCCGACGGGUGCAACUAUAUGU